GUCCUAUUAAUCGCUUAGUUUUCUCCUCUCACUCUCUACAAAGUUUCUCUCUCAACUCCCAAGCACUUUCUCUCUCAUCAGUUCUCCGUCGACCAAUGUCAAUGGAUCGCCGAAAACCAACGAAACCGCCUCUCUCUCUCUGCAAACCUAAACGCCUCUCUGUCUCUCUACAAACCUAAACGCCCCUCCCUCUCUGUCCAUCUCUAUAUUUGCCCUUUUAUGCGGAAAAAACCAAGCCAGAGGGAGAGAGACUUUUUUUUUGUUUGACAAGAUAGAGAGAGAAACACUUGAACCAACUCGCAGGCCUCUCUCAAUCCCUAGGGGGUCUUCAAUGGUCGGCGUCAUGGCCUCUUGUCCUAGGGACAAGGCCCUCUCUCUCUUCAACUCCGCCAAGUUCUCGAUCGAGAUUCCUUCCAAGCUGGAGCCAUUGAGGCAGCUCCAAGAGAUCGUGGUUUACAGAGACCCCACUUUACUUGUGGAGUUCGUGCCGCAUCUCAUGGAGUUGCAGAGCGAGCACUUCAGUCCCAUUCGCAAGUUUCUUGCAGAGAUGAUUGGAGAGAUUGGGUUGAAGCACAGGCAAUUUUUGCCUGAAAUGGUACCUGUUUUGAUAUCAUUUUUAAAGGAUGAUACCCCUGCAGUUGCAAAACAGGCUAUUACUACUGGAACAAACUUAUUUCGAAGUACAUUAGAGGAUGUUGCACUUCAGGCUUUACCUGACAGUCUUCGUGAAUCAUCAUGGACUUGCAUGUUAAACUUCAAGGAAGCAGUAUACCCAGUUGCAUUUCAGUCUGGAAGUGAGGGAGUGAGAUCACUAGCAGUGAGGUUUGUUGAAGCGACAAUUCUCCUUUUCACACCUGAUCCUAAUGCGUCCUCACGACCUGUGCCUCCUGAAGGUGGUGGAAAAUCGGAAGGUUUCAGUAUAUCGUGGAUACAGGGAGGUCUUCCUCUGCUUGCAGCCGCAGAUUUGGCAUUAGAAGCUAGCAAAAACUUGGGGAUGUUGUUGGAUUUGCUUCGGUCUCCAUCUGUAAGGGGACUCCCUUACUCAGUUAUUUUUGUCCUAAUAAAUAGUCUUUCAACAAUAGCAAGGAAGAGGCCAGCAUUUUUUGGACGCAUUUUGCCUGUUUUGCUUGUUUUGGAUCCUUCAACGGUGGUUAUAAAAGGAGCACUGGUUUCUAAUGUACGUCAUGCACUAAAAAAUGCAUUCCUUGCAUGUUUAAAGUGUACCCAUCCUGGUGCUGCACCGUGGCGGGAUCGACUGGUCAAUGCGUUGAAAUCACUGAAUGCUGGAGAUUCAUCCGAACGUGCCCUUGGUCAAUUUGACAAUGUACCAGGAAACCUUAACCAUCAGACUGGAGAUCCACAUGCUCCAAAGGAUGGGACCCUCUCAAUGCACGUAUCUGAUGCUACACCCAUAGAUGCAGGAAGAAAGAGAUCGGUAGCAGAAGAUGCUGGAGACCUGGCUCAUGGUGAUGAUAUCUCUGGAAAACGAGUCAGACAUGUUGCUCUUGUCUCUCAAGAGUCACCUAUGCAGGUUAUUCAGCCAAGUCCUGAGAAAUCACAAGAAAGUUCUCCUCUUAAUAUGGCUCAAUCUUCAACUGGGGAUGGAGAGUCUGGCCCUGUUCAGCAACUAGUUGCUAUGCUUGGUGCUUUGGUGGCCCAAGGCGAGAGCGCUGUUAAUUCUCUUGAGGUUCUUAUUACAAGCAUUUCUUCAGACCUACUAGCUGAAGUUGUAAUAUAUAACAUGCGUUUUCUUCCAUCUACUCGUCCCAGUCCAGAGAGUGGAGAGGAGGAGACACUCACCUCAUGUAAUAUUUCCUUCCUUAUCAGCAAUGCCUCUGCAGAAAUAAAGCAAUUAUCCGGUACCGAACAUACAAUGUCAUUGUUGAGUGCAUUACCUCAAAUAGCCUCUCUUUUAGAUAUGAAGCCUCUGCCAUCUUCAAGUAGUGCUGACUUGACUGAAGAAAGGAAGCCACCAAUCCCGAUGGAUUUGUCCAUACCUGCUUCAAACACUAGCACUACAGAUGUAGCUGUAUUACCAAGAGAUGCUCCAGCAUCUUCUAUUGUGCCAAUCUCUGAUGAAGAAGUUAACCAAUUGGCUGUACUCGAGACAAUUGAAGUUGGGGCUUUGCAGACUGGAAUUCCUGGCCUAGAUGAUGUUCCAUCCGUUGAAGAAUUGAAAGAAGCCUUAGAUAGCUCACUUUCUUCUUCUGUGGACUUGGUCUCAGGGAGUUCGGCAAAGCAAGAAUCCUCAUCUGAUCACAUGUCAUAUGAUAAGUCUGAAGCAUUAAGUCCAAGGGCAUCUAGUGGAGAUAUGAGCUGGGCAUCUUCAACCGCUUCAGCACCCAUUGUCUUGCCAAGCUCAUAUUUACUCCAGAAGGUGCCACCUCUAGUUGUUGCCUUGACUGAUGAACAAAAAGAUCACAUACAGAAAUUGGCAUAUGUGCGUAUCAUUGAGGCGUACAAACAAAUCGCCAUAGCUGGAGGAUUGAAUGUUCGCUUUUCCUUGCUAGCUUAUUUUGGUGGUGAGUGUCCCUUGGAGUUUGACUCGCUGGGGCUUUUGCAAAGGCAUAUAUUGGCCGAUUAUUUAAAUCAUGAGGGGCAUGAGUUGACUUUGCAUGUUCUCUAUAGACUAUAUGGAGAGGCAGAACGUGAGCAGGAUUUUGUCUCAUCAUCAUCUGCAAGCUCAACAUAUGAAAUAUUCCUUUUGACUGUGGCUGAAACACUUCGAGACUCUCUUCCCGCUGCCGACAAAUCUUUAAGCAGAUUGUUUGGUGAAGUUCCUUAUCUGCCCAAACAAGCAUUAAAGAUGCUGGAAAGCUUGUGUUCUCCUGGAAAUGGGAAGGAUGGGAAGGACUUGCAGGCUGGCGAUCGAGUAACACAGGGCCUCAGUGCUGUAUGGAGCUUGAUAUUGUCAAGGCCUCCCAUUAGAGAUUUGUGCUUGAAUAUUGCAUUACAGAGCACAGUCCAUCACAUGGAAGAAGUACGGAUGAAAGCUAUACGUUUGGUAGCUAAUAAGCUCUAUCCUCUUUCAUUCAUUUCGCAAAAGAUUGAAAAUUUUGCCACAGAAAUGCUGCGCUCAGUUGUAAAUGGUAAUGCUGGUGGGGAAAGCACAAAUAUUGACAGAUCCAACCUUAGUGGAGGACAGAUAGACAGUACUGAGGGUGUUCCCAAAGGGGGGCAGCUGCUGAAAGAAGCAGGCUUGGCCACUGCAGAUAUCUCGUCUAAUAUCAAUGACUCUAGUUCUGCUAAGACUUUAUCAUCCUCGUCAAUCUCAGAGGCACAGAGGUGCAUGUCUCUCUUUUUCGCGCUAUGCACCAAGAAGCGUUCUCUGCUUCGAGAAAUUUUCCUAAACUAUGGAAGUGCACCAGAUGCUGUUAAGCAGGCAGUUCAUCGCCAUAUUCCAAUUUUAAUUCGUACAAUAGGCUCGUCUCCUGAAUUGCUUUCAAUUUUAUCAGAUCCUCCAACAGGAAGUGAAAGCCUUCUCAUGCAGGUUUUGCACACACUGACUGAUGGAACAAUUCCUUCACCAGAUUUAAUAUAUACGGUCAAGCGGUUAUAUGACUCAAAAUUGAAGGAUGUGGGGAUUCUUAUACCAAUCGUGUCGUCCUUGCCUAAAGACGAGUUAUUAUCUUUAUUCCCCCAGCUUGUCGAUCUACCACUUGAAAAAUUUAAAGCUGCCCUUGUGCGUAUCCUAAAGGGAUCUCCGAAUAUGGGUCCUGUUCUUACACCUGCUGAAGUGCUAAUUGCUAUCCAUGAAAUAGAUCCUGAAAGAGAUGGAAUUCCAUUGAAAAAGGUGACAGAUGCAUGUUCUGCAUGCUUUGAACAGCGGGUGGUGUUCACGCAACAAGUUCUCGCUAAAGUCUUGAAUCAACUUGUUGAACAGAUUCCUCUGCCUUUGUUAUUCAUGCGUACAGUUAUACAAACUAUUGGUUCUUUUCCUGCACUGGUGGACUUUAUAAUGGACAUUCUGUCUCGCCUAGUAAGCAAGCAGAUCUGGAAAUACCCUAAAUUAUGGGUGGGAUUCUUGAAGUGUGCAUUUCAAACAAAAUCAUACAAUGUUCUACUGCAGCUACCAGCUGCACAACUAGAAAAUGCACUGACCAGAACUCCAGCACUAAGACAACCCCUGGUUGCUCAUGCUAACCAACCAAAUAUCCGGUCGUCACUACCCAGGUCAACCUUAGUGGUUUUGGGCCUUGCUCAAGAUACCCAAUCAUCAAGUCAGGCCCAACCAAGCCUAUCCUCUGCUGAUGCAGGGACCUCCAACACCCAGGCAUUAACAGAUACAACUAAAGAAGCAAAAACUGUCGGUUGAAAUAGGAAGACCUGAUGUAAAUUGUAUACAAAAUCUGGGUAUGGGGCAGGGCAAAGUGGGUGUAGAAUAUGGUUAAUGCUGCCAUAUAUUUGUUCUACUGGAGCAUGACUAAUUUUUUGAAGAAGCUGAAGGAUUGAUGUUGAUUUUAUACAAGAUCCAUACAUUGAUGAGAUGUAGUGGGUGUAGGGGAUUAUACUGGACCAUGCGGUAGACAUCUCUGAUCUAGAAGGGCCAGCAAUGUCCUUUUGAGCAUAUGGGUCAGAUUGUGCGAUUUGGCUCUGGAAGUGAGGUCCUUUGGCAGAGCCAUACCCCUUAAUGGAAGUCGGCCUUUGAUUAUGUGAAAACUGCCAUUGCUAACUAAUGCGAGAUCAUCUUGUUUGAUAAGUUAUGAGGCAGGGUCCAUUGACUGGCUUGCGUUAUUACAUGUCUGUAGACUGGCAACAAGCUAACAAGCUUGCCUAUAAAUUUGUAACAUCGGCCAAAUUGAUAGAAAAGUUGUUAAUGGUAUGUUAAAUAACUUAUAAAUGGAAUAGAGAGCAUUGUCAUCAUAGUGAAAAACUAAACAUUUGGCUAAUGCUGCUAGUAUCUUUUGAAUAGUGGAUGGUGAUUUCAUUUGACCACUCUGGACUCUUGGGCAGUCAACUUGUAACGGAUGCUUAACUGGAUGUGAUAGCAGAACAAUGGAUUCUCA